AUGAGGACGACUACAUCAUCAUCGAAAUUUGUUCUAACAAAGUCUGCGUUCAACGGAUUGUGCAAAGAAUAUUUAAAAAAAACACUGAUGCUAUUAAAAGAACAAAACGAGAUGGAGGUCAAGGGCAGUGUCUUUUCAUUAGAGAGUAUAGACAUAAUUAUAUUCAACGUAAAUGUAUACAAACCUUUUGGAGGUUCGUCAUAUUUACCACUUCCGGCUUUUAUAGAGAGGAAAAAAGCGACGAUUAAUGCUCGGAACUUUGAUGAAAAAUGUUUUAAAUAUACCAUGUUAGCUAAACUAGUAAAUCCUGUUCAUGCUGAAAGAAUAGGAUCUAAUUAUGUUGAAGUAGAGAACAGAUAUGAUUUUAAAAAUAUAAAUUCCCCUGCUUCAUUAAACGAUGUAGUAAAAUUUGAAAAAACAAAUAAAGUUUCGGUUAAUAUAUAUUAUAGUUUAAAAAACGGAGAGCUCAAAUAUAAAAAUAACGUAAAAAAAAUUCAAAAAGAAUAA